GCGGCGCGGGGAGGGGCGGGCUGGCCCCGGGGCGCCGCCGCCGCCGCUCCACCGCUCCAUCGUGCGCCAUGGGCUGCGGGCCGUGGGUGCUGCUGGCGCUGCUGUGCGGGGCGGCGGGGGCGGCGGCCCCCCUGCGCUGCAACGUGAGCCUGGACAGCCCGGCCGAGCAGCGCUGGCUGCCCGUGCUGCGGCACUUCGAGCCCGCCUUCCUGCGCGCCGCCGUCCAGCGGAUCAUCGACGAGAGCGUACCCAAAUGGGUUCACCAGGUGAUCCAGCCCAUAGCAGCCGAGCUGGAGCUUUUCAUGCCGCAGCCCUUCGCGGGAGAGAUUGUGGGGAUGUGCAGAGCACUGGGAAUCAAUAUCGGAGACGGAAUCCUGCUGAACUUCGCCUACGAAUCCACUGCGUUCUGUACCAGCAUUGUGGCUCAGGAUGACAAAGGCAACAUUUACCACGGUCGGAACCUGGAUUACGAUUUUGUCGAUAUAUUGAGCAAGAUCACACUGGAUGUGCAGUUCAUCAAGGGUGGGCAGGUUGCGUACCAGGGCACGACAUUUCUUGGUUACGUAGGCUUGUGGACUGGGCAGAGUCCACACAAGUUCACCAUCUCCGGGGAUGAACGAGAUGGUGGUAGAUGGUGGGAAAAUGCCAUAGCUGCUUUCCUCAAUAGGAAUUACCCAGUCAGCUGGCUUGUGCGAGAUACCCUGAGUGAAGCAGAGGACUUCCAGUCUGCUGUUCUCAGACUGGCUGACAUUCCCAUCAUUGCUGAGGUUUACUAUAUUGUGGGAGGCAUCUCACCCAAAGAAGGCAUGGUCAUAACGAGGAAUAGAAGAGGGCCAGCAGAUCUCUGGCCUCUUGAUCCCUUAAGUGGAGCGUGGUUCCGUGUGGAGACAAACUAUGAUCACUGGACUACCCCUCCUCCUUUGGAUGAUCGCAGAACUGCAGCCAUCAAAGCUCUCAAUGCUACUGGACAGCACAACAUCAACUUUGAUACACUCUUUAAGGUGUUGUCAGUGAAGCCAGUCUUAAACAAUAACACAGUGUACACCACAGUCAUGAGUGCUGCGCUUCCGCAUCGGUACCAGACGUGGAUGAGAACUGGGGAGUGACAAGGUGGCAGAGGUUUCACCACACUGAGUGAGAAGCUGAAGCUGUGCAAGACUAACAUAUGCUUUUAAAAUCACUCCUGAGAGCAAUACAGUGGCUUUGAUUCAUGAAGGAUAUGAACCAUUCAGGAAACAGUGGUUUGUUAACUCUUCUGGGUGUUGCAGGUGGUCCUGUUAAUGACCUGCAAUGAAAGUUUGAAGUUCCUUGUAAUUUAAUUGAUGCUCUAGUAGAUGUUGAUGGAUAAAAGUGGCUUGUAUUAUUUUUGGUAUGAGUUGUGCAACUGCUAUCUAUGUACUUCUGUACUGACUAAUAAAUGUUUUGUAAAUUA